AUGGAUGGGGAUCAAUAUUGUAAUAUCACCUAUAGAAAAAAACAAACUCCAAAAUUAAAUGUUAGCUUGACAGAGGAGACAGCUGUAGAUAUUGAAAAUAGUUCAUUGCUAGAUUCAUCAGUGAACAGUUUACCUGCCACUUCAAAAAAGGAUUAUACUUUACUUGAAGAAUACGAAGAAAUUAUUUCUACAUUAAAAUUAAGGUUAGCUUCAGCUGAUGAAGAGAUUGAAAAUUUGAAUUUACAAAAUAUACAAUUAAAGAUGAGUGUUGAAAAAUCAUCAAAAGUGAUAGCAUUGUAUAAGAAGAUUGGCAUUACGGAAAACUUGUUGAAUGCUGUUUCUACUCCGGUUAUACGAAAGGUUAAAAAAGUAUUUUCCGAUGUAUAUCCAGUAUCACCUAGGCACAGCAUUCCAGAAACAAAUGAAAUUUCAACACAAACAACAGGAAUUUCUAUGACGAAACAUCUUGGAAAGCCUUUCUCAUUUCUCAUUCCCCCUGAGACUAUAAGUGAAUUGAGAGACAGUUCCCUCCGCCCCGCCAUCUACAGGGGGUCGUCAGACAACACCAACAGCGUCUUGAGUGAACCAAAGAAGCCGACCCCGGCGACUGUUACGGUACCAGACUAUGAAUAUAGGGAAAGAUCUACUCUGCCUCCUAUCUAUAGAGCAUUCUCAGACUAUGCUAACAACGUUUUAAGGCAAGAUAAGAAUCAAGGGUUACAUGAAAAACCAGUCUAUGAAUAUCAGAACAACAUAGCUAAUUACAAAAAUUACAACACCAACCCAGGAACUACUCAAGAGAACAAUGGAGAUCAUAACUAUGGUGAUAACUACGCCUUCUCUUAUACUGUGAAGGAUCACAAAACCGGAGACGAUUUCUCUCACUCCCAAAGCAGUAGUGGAUCAGCUACGAAUGGAGAAUACAGGGUUCGGUUACCUGAUGGCCGUAUGCAGAUCGUAUCCUACACAGCAGACGAAGGAGGCUACAAGGCAGAUGUCAGAUAUGAUGAUAUUGAAACCUCAAGUGAAAAUAACAAUCCCUUAACAAAAGAACAUAGAUUCGAUGAUUUCGACUAUCGUUAUUUAAAUGACCGUUAUGCAAUAAAUAGUUCCAAAGGGUUAAAUAAUAACGAUAAAGCUAUUUCUUAUCACGAUCUCAAUGAAGACAACCUUUACGUUGAUUAUGCAGAUAAAAAUAAGAAAUCAUAUGCAACUAACUAUAAUAAUGAUAUACUGGUAGGUAAAUUAUUUACUGGUAAUAACAGCUACAAGUUAUACCCAAACGAUAACGUUUCUUAUAAUAACGAUAUCAAUGGUGAUAUAUACAAUGAUAAAAUAAAUCAACCAAAUUUAAAUGACUAUGAUCUGUACGAAGACAAAGAUUAUUCGUCAGAAAACGUAAAUUAUCAGCCUUAUACAAGCAAGUAUUCGUUGUAUCAAGAUGGUAACAGCGCUGUUAGUAACACCGAUUCAGUUAAAUCUACUGUCGUACCACCUUACCAUGAAAUCAAAGAUUUAUUUGUUACUAAAAAUCCAGUGCUUUCUUUAGCAGACCGACAAGAAUCAAUUCCUAACAGAGUAGUUACUAUAGAACCAAAAAAGCAUUCCUUUUUUACUAAUAUUAAGAAAGUUUUAACUGCUGCUUCGUUACAUUCAGAUGCACUCCGGGUCUUAGACGGCGCAUCUUUGGCGUAG